AUGAACCAGAAGCUCCACAAGACAAAUCAGAACUCGAUCGAGCUCAGAGAGCUGACAAAGCUAGUCCAGUCAGCCAGCCUAAACCUGUUGGUAAGAAGAAGGACACUCCAUUCGUGCCACCACCAUACAAACUCCCUCUACCUUUCCCAGGAAGGUUCAAGAAACAACUAUUGGAAGCACAAAACUAAGUUUGAUGAGCUCAUGAAGGAGAUUGAGUUGAAGUUGCCUUUCAUUGAUGCUCUUGAUGCUCAUUCCACCUACCAGAAAGUUCCUGAAGGAUGUUGUACUUCAAAGGAUAAGGAAGUGCAAGGAAUGGUGGUUUGA